CAUUUCUGUUACCACAAAACGAAGAGGAAGAAGUCCAAGGUUUAGAGAGGGAUAUCACAGUAGUAAAGAUGUCGAAAGCAGAGGUUGUUCUUUUGGAUUGUUGGGCCAGUCCAUUCUGCAUGAGGGUAAAAAUAGCGUUGGAGGAGAAAGGUGUGGAACAUGAAGACAGAGGGGAGGAUUUGUUUGGGGGAAAAAGUGAGCUGCUCCUCAAAUCAAACCCCAUUUACCAGAAGGUGCCAGUGCUGUUGCAUAAGGAGAAGCCCCUGUGCGAGUCAACCAUCAUAGUGGGCUACAUUGAUGAGACCUGGCCUUCCCAACCACUGCUCCCGACUUGUCCAUAUGCGCGAGCUCAAGCUCGGUUCUGGGCUGACUUUAUCGACAAAAAGGUAUUUAAUGCGGGCAGCAACAUAUGGAGAAACAAAGGAGAGGCACAGGAGGUAGCCAAGAAGGAGUUCAUAGAGUGUUUGAAGGAGCUAGAGGGAGCUCUUGGGGAGAAGGACUUCUUCGGUGGUGAUGCCUUUGGGUUUGUUGACAUCAUCGCAAUUGCUGUGACUAGUUGGUUUGUGGCGUAUGAGAAAUGUGGGGGCUUUAAGGUUGACGACCACUGUCCCAAAUUCUCGGCCUGGAUGGACAGGUGCAUGCACCGAAAGACUGUGGCCAAAGUUAUCCCAGACCCAGAAAAGAUCUACGAAUUUGUCCUCAUGUUGAAGAAGAUGAACGGCAUUGAUGCAUGAACAGUUAAAGCAGUCCCUUCCACUGGUACUUAAAUCUGCUGGGUCCUUUUCUUCCUUAUCUUCUUUGGCUUUUGUUUUGUUUAUUUUGUCGUCCUUUUGUGGAGGUCUUAGGCCCUCCUCCUUUUCUCAGUCACCGGAGGAUUACAAAUAAGGGAAAAUAAUCAUUUUCCUCGAUUUUCUAUUGCAGUUUGUGAUAUGCUACUGAAAUAGAAAGGGAAAAUGUUUAUUGUUUUAUAUAUAUUAUCUUUCCAUUACUUAAUUGCUUUUAGUUAUGUUGAUGUUAUCA